AUGGCAGGANGCAAACUGCGGAUCGUCACUGGUGACGAAAAGCAGUACUUCACUCUCGAGGAAGAUGAUACAAAUCUGCGUGUAAAUGGCAGGAUAGACCGAGAGAGCAUCUGCGGAACCGUGUCGCCCUGCAUCCUCAGUUUGGAGGCGGUCGUGGAAAACCCUUUCGACAUAUUUCAUGUGAGUGUUACUAUCCAGGAUAUCAAUGACAAUGCGCCGCAGUUUGACAGAGAAUUUGUUACCAUAGAAAUUAUCGAGUCGACGCCUCCUGGGACCAGGUUCCCUCUGGGCAGUGGCAGAGACCCCGACAUUGGAGUGAAUUCUUUACAAAACUACGAACUUACCCCCAACCCACUCUUCUCCCUCUUAGUGAAGGAGAGCCCUGAUGGGACAAAACACGCGGAACUGGUACUGGAGAAAAUCUUGGAUCGAGAAAAACAAAGAAACCAUAAUUUGGUACUGACAGCAGUGGAUGGUGGGGAUCCAGUCCGAUCUGGGACCGCCCAGAUUAAGAUUAACGUGACCGACGCAAAUGACAAUCCACCAGUAUUCACCAAAGAAAUCUACAUGGUUCGACUGAUGGAAAACCUGCCAGAGGGCUCCUUAGCUUUUCAGGUGAAAGCGACUGACAAUGACGAAGGUACAAAUGCAGAAAUUACCUACUCUUUCAGUGACAUAGCAAAAAAUAUCCGCCAGCUCUUCAGUCUGGACCCUAGGACAGGGGAGGUGAAAGUUACAGGACUCUUAGAUUAUGAAGAAAGGAAAUACUAUGAAGUGAGCGUUGAAGGCAAGGAUGGGGGUGGGUUGACAGCACACACCAAAGUGCACAUAGACAUUAUAGACGUUAACGACCAUGCACCAACACUUUCCUUCCUGCCUAUCUUGAACCCCAUACCCGAAGACUCAGUCCCGAGCACAGUUGUCGCUGUGAUCAAUGUCAGGGACAGAGAUUCCGGAGAAAACGGAGAAGUGAGCUGUAAAAUGGACGGAAGUUUGCCUUUCAGAUUAGAAGCUUCAUCAGAGAACACAUACAAACUAAUAAUAGCCAGUGCCCUGGACAGAGAAAACGUCUCUGCUUACAAUAUCACCAUCACUGCCACUGACCGGGGCAGGCCGCCACUGUCGAGCAGAGCGGAGCUGGUGCUGGAGGUGUCGGACGUGAACGACAACGCGCCGGUGUUCGAGGAGGCGGCGUACAGCGCGUACGUGGCGGAGAACAACGCGUUGACAUAA